CAACCUUAUGACUAAAAAAACCCGCCUGUUUCUCAAUCUCUAAUAUUUUUCUGACUCUUGCUUUAUUCAAUACAAUCACUUUGUCUUUACCUGCGAAUUAUUCUCUGCUUUCAUACCUUAACUAGUUAACUCUAUUACUUCUCCUACAUUAUUAAUAUUCUUACACCCCAAUUUUUAAAGGAUUUCUCUUAAGUAAAAAUGGGACAAAAACCAUCAAGAGAUAAACUGUUGUACGAUUAUGUUAUUAAUGGAGAUGUUGGUGGUAUUCAAUUUCUCUCUAAACAAGGCGCGGGUCUAGAGUGGAAAAAAGAAGGGAAAACUCCUCUUAUUGUAGCAGCCAAGGAUCCUGGUCUGUAUGAUAUUGCCAAAACUCUCAUUGAAUUGGGUGCUAAUGUUAAUGCUUAUUGUAAAGAGAGUCAUGGAGGAACACCACUACAUUAUGCAGCAAAGGAAGGACUUGAUAACACUGUUGCAUUACUUCUUACACAUGGAGCCAAUGCUUUUGUCAAGAAUCGAGAGCGUCAGACUCCACUGGAUGUUGCUAGGAAGAAUGGUCGUAAUCUUGUUGUUAAAGAGAUUGAGAGCCGUAUUUGCUAUUUUGCUGGUCCAAUACGCGAAACUUUGGGCCCAGGAUUGUCUGAUGUACCAGCUCCACAAUCAUCUUCAACAAGAAUAAGUUGGGUUGUUGUAGUACCUCGCAGUCCUCAUAAUCCUCCAAAACCUCCGAGAAUAGAGCUUGUUAUCUACUCAACUGCUGAAGAUGCUGAGCCACGUAAAAUUAUCUCUCUUAGUCGGUUUAGUAUAAAAGCACCAAGAUUCGAUCAACCAAGUCCUUCUCUGAUAAUUUUCAACAAACAGACCAAAUAUAAAUUCUCAUCAGUUACCUACAGCGACAGGCAGCAGCUUCGACGAUUGUACAAUGCUUGUAAAGGAAUCUCUCAGGUUAUGCCAGCCUCAGCUCAGAUGAUGAUCUCCGAUGCUAUUGGUUCACGGAUGCAUACAGCUUCCCAAAUCAGUAGUCCUGCAUGGAGAACACCCAGUAAUUUAUCGCCUCCCAUGACACCACACAACAACGUUUGGGUGCACGAAUCACAUAGAUCACUAUGGUGGCAACCACUGGGGUGUACACAACUGAAUCCUGUACCCUUGCAGACACCUGACAGAUUCUUCCAGACACCUGAUAGAUUCCCUGCAGUGGCAGUAGCUUCUCCUCCGAUCCCCUCAGCUCCCCCGAUCAAUAAAACUUUUACUAGUGUCGAUGAAGUUUCCAAUCCAGCUGCUGAAUCUGCAGGACAAAAACCUGUUGUUACUGAAUCGACAGUGUGUGUAGUAUGCUGGGAAGCUCCAGUUGAGGGAGCGUGUGUCCCAUGUGGGCACGUGUCUACGUGUAUGUCUUGCUUGAAGAAGAUUAAGGACGAUGAUGGAGGUUGUCCCGUUUGCAGAGCUGAGAUUGAUCAGGUUGUAAAACUCUAUGGUAUCUAAAGUUAAAUGAGAGAUAUAUAGAAAAGGAGGUAGGAUUUUGUACAUAAGACUGAGUGGAUCAUUGGUGAUUCUUAUUUUUUUUUUUUUUUGGGGGGGGGGGGGGGUGUUCUCUCCUGGUGAUCUUGUUAUCUCAAAUUAUGCAAUAAAACGUAACAAAAUAUUGCUGGUCCUA